AUGAAAGUUUACCUGCAGUACCUAGUGCUACUAAUAGGAUAUCUGUCACUGGUCAACGCGAGCGGUUUCUCCCAUGAGAUUCGACGGGUUAACAGUGACGGCAUAGAAGCAAGGGGUGGGAAAGGAAAGGGCGCAGGAGGACUGUUGGCACUCCUGGGAGCACUGGAAGGAGGACAAGGGAAAGGAAAGGGAAAGGGAAAGGGGAAUGGUAACGCUGCAGCGACGGUCACCAAGACGGUAAAGGAGACCGUGACGGCAGCAGCCAAGGCAACGAACCCUCCUGCCGCCGCCGCGGGAGCAUCGAACAGCACCGCCGGAGAAGCGGCUCCGGCGGCAGCAGCACCAGAGGGCGCAGGGGCAUCGAACAACACCGCUCCGGAGGCCGCCCCGGCGGCAGCAGCACCAGAGGGCGCAGGGGCAUCGAACAACACCGCUCCGGAGGCCGCCCCGGCGGCAGCAGCCCCGCAAGCUGGAGCCUCGAACAGUACCGCUGGCAACGCUGCGGCUGCUCCCGAUCCGAAUGCACCGGCGUUCCAAUUCCUCACGAGUACCGUCUUCGCCCAGGGCCCGGCCCCGACGCAAACGAUCAGCUUGCUUCCCUCGACCGUCACUCAGACAGUGUAUGUGACCGCGCCUUGUGUCAACAACCCGGCUGCACAGAAUCCGGCUGCGCAGGCUCCGGCGGCCGGCGCAGGGUCCAGUAACGGCACCGGACAGGCCAAUGCGGGCAGCGGUGCCGGCGUGGGCGUCAUCAGCGUGGCAGUCCCCUCGAGCUUGCAUACGACGACACCCUCGCUCAACGCCGCACCACCGGCGGUUGCGACGCCACCAGCGAAUAGUCCUCCGCCCGCACCCCCCGCGAACACUCCUGCGCCGCCUCCCGCGGCACAGUCGCCAGCGAGCCCUCCUCCUGCGGCUUCCCCGCCGCCGGCUAGUGCUCCUCCCGCUGCAGAGCCGCCAGCAAGCAGUCCCACGCCGCCUCCGCCCGCCGCUGCGCCGCCAGCUGCCUCUCCGCCGCCCGCCUCUUCCCUCGAGUCAUCAGUCAACCUCGGUGGUAUUGGACAGAGCGCCCCACCCGCAGCAUCCCCUACGCCUCCAGUGGCCGUCAACGCACCGCCCGCGGCUGGUGCUCCUCAGCCGACACAGGCCGCCGCCAACAACGCCGCGCAGCCGGAUAUCGACACGAGUGGGUUGACGUUGAAAUCGGCACUGAGCCUGGGCAACCUUGCGCAGCAGACGAUGCUGCCCGACUCGUAG